CAUUAAAAUAAAAAUUCAUUUAUUAAUGUUCCCAAAUAUUUCUGUCUUAAAUGAAGAAUAUGAUAUAGAUCAACCUCGUUUGGUUGCUUCAUCUUAUUCAGAUAUUAAAAAAUUACUUUCACCUCCUACAACUAAGAUUAAAUCUGAGAUUAAUGUUGAAAGAAAUAAGACUAAAUCACAUACUCAUGGAUUAAUAGAAUCCAAAGGAGCAGAAUAAUACCUCAUAAAAGUAAUAUAGAACAAUGAUUUAUAAGAAAUUUAAAAUUUAUUAGAUGAAGCUGAAAAUAUCAAUAUUUACACAAUUAUUGAUCAUAAAAAAUAUACUCUGUUACAUUUAGCAGCAUAUAAUAAUAAUUUAGAUACUGUUAAGUAUAUAUAAAUAUUAUAUACUUAAAAGAUUGUUAAUUAAUCACGUUAAAAAACAACAUAAACAUAAAUGUACAACAAUUCUGACAGAAUGGGUUAAUUUAUAAACAGAAGAUGGAUUUGUAGCCUUUCAUUUUGCAGCUUAUAGAGGAAAUAUAGAAAUGAUUUAAGAAUUUGAAAAAUGUGGAGCUAAUCUAUAUAUUAGAAAUGCAUAAGGAAUGAAUGGAUUACAUUUAGCAGCUUAAGGUGAUCAACCAAAAUCAAUUGUUUAUUUUAAGAAAAUUGGGUUUGAUUUUGUAUAAAAAGAUUCUAAAGGAGGAACGGCUUUACAUUGGGCAUCUUAUUAUGGAUGUGAAUUAGCAGUUAGUUAUCUACUAUCAUUUACUGAUUAAUUAUUAGACAUUAAAGAUUUAGAAGGUUUAACUGCACUUCAUUUAGCAACUAUGAGUGGAAAUAGUAGAAUUGUUAAAAAACUUUUACUUUAGGGAGCUGAUAGAAAUAUUAAAAAUAAUGAAGGAUAAACUGCAGCUGAUAUUGCUUAAUCUAAUUAAUUUAAAGCUCUAUAUAAAAUGCUUACGGAAUCAUAAAACUUUUUAAUUACAUAUUUUAGUAUCAGCUAAGGAUUCUAAAAAGUAAAUAGAAGUAAAGAUAAAAUGUUUAAAUUUAUUGCUAUGUUAAUAUAUUGUCAAGGAAUUACUAUUUAUUACAAUUUUUAUGCAGAUCAAUCAAAUUAAUAUCUUAUUUAUUAUGGAGUAUUUCAACUAUUAAUCUGGUUUUUAUUUAUCGUUUUAUGGCUUAGUGAUCCUGGUAAGUAAGUAAAAAAAUAAGAAAAAAAUGAAUAAGAGCUACUGACAAAUUUAUAUGAUAUAUUACAAAAAGAAGAUGCAAAAGAUAUAUGUCCUGAAUGUAUUUGUGUUAAAGCUACUAGAUCUAAACAUUGUGAUGUUUGUUAAUCUUGUAUAUUAGUUUAUGAUCAUCAUUGCCCUUGGGUUGAUAAUUGUGUAAUUUAUUAUCCUAUUAUAAGAUAGGUUCAAACAAUCAUUUAUAAUUUUACAUAUUUAUAUUCCUCCUUUCUUUAGAUAUCACCUUUACUUUAGCAUACUAACUUUAUUUUAUCAUUCAAUAAAUUUAAAAUGACGGAGGGGUAAGCGAAUAAUUUAUUAUCCUUUUCAUUCUCUCCAUAUUUUCCAUCAUUAUUAUGCUAUUAUUUCUCUUUCCUUUAUGGCUUUUAUUGUAUAUUUAAUCAGUCAAUUUAUUAACAGGAUAAACAACUUAUGAAAAGUAAUCUUGUUAUUUAUUAUUCCUAGAUAUUCUUAAUCUAGAAAGAAAGCUAAUGAAAAGCCCAGCUGUUCUUGCAAUAAUUGUCUACAAAUGAUUUGUUAUAAUAAAAAAAAUAGCAAAAAUAAAAAGAAACAAAAUUAACAAUCUUUAUAGUUAUUUGACUCAAAUUAAAAAUGA